ACGCCGCUUCCAUCCAUCCUGCUCUCCAACGUCCACACACUGGAUAACAAAAUAGACCAUUUACAACUUGAACUCACUUCAAAUAGGGAGCUUGGAAACUGUUCCGCUCGCAUCCUGACAUGGCUUACCUCAUCAAUUCCGGACAACGCCAUUAGACAGGAGGGGCUCGCUACUUUCCAUGCAGAUAGAAAUAGCUGUCCCGAGGGAACGGGCUACCACCUCUCUGUAAUUCCUGCAUACAGGCCCCUGCUGAUCAGAGCUAAACCUACAGUGAGGCAGGCG